CAGGGAAGAAGCCUGGGGAAGAGAGGACACUCAGGCCGUGCCUGGGAGCUGGGUGGCUUCACUGGGCAGGGCAAGGUGGAGACCUAGUGUGGCCCUAGGGGCAGAGAAGGAAGCCUCCUGGGACCUGUUCUGUUCUGCCUCUGAGAGUUUUCCCCAAGCAUUAAUUUUAAAGGCAUUCAGCCUUGGGGAGAACCUCUCUCUGUGGGGAGGCUGCCUCCGGGAGUCUCCUGUGAAGCUCCCCCUGCUCUUCUCCAGUCUCUGGAGUGGGACCUUCUCCUUUUUCUCUGCUCCAGAGACCACCCACAAUGGCUGGCCUAGUGGAACCAGCUGUGGGACAGACAGCGGGUCGGCUCAGACUCUGAGACAAAAGCUGAGAAGGGAGACUACAGAGGGAAGACAGAAAGCUGAUAGACAGGCAGGGCCUGGGGAUUCGUCCUGGACAGGGGAUGAAGCCAGCCAGGUGCACCCCUCCUAAUCCAGCCUCAGAAUGGCACUGCCUCCCAGUCCCCUGGCCAUGGAGUAUGUCAAUGACUUUGACUUGAUGAAGUUUGAGGUAAAGCGGGAGCCCUCAGAGGGGCGAUCUGGCCCCCCGACAGCCUCUCUGGGCUCUACACCCUACAGCUCAGUGCCUCCUUCACCGACCUUCAGUGAGCCAGGCAUGGUGGGGGCCACUGAGGGCACCCGGCCAGGCCUGGAGGAGCUGUACUGGCUGGCCACCCUGCAACAGCAGCUGGGGGCUGGGGAGGUGCUGGGGCUAAGUCCUGAGGAGGCUGUGGAGUUGCUGCAGGGUCAGAGCCCAGUCCCCAUUGAAGGGCCCCAUGCCUACUACCCAGGGAGCCCAGAGGAGACAGGAGCCCCGCAUGCCCAGCUGGCCGAGCGGUUUUCCGACGCGGCGCUGGUGUCGAUGUCUGUGCGGGAGCUAAACCGACAGCUGCGGGGCUGCGGGCGCGACGAGGCGCUGCGGCUGAAGCAGAGGCGCCGCACGCUGAAGAACCGCGGGUACGCGCAGGCCUGUCGCUCCAAGCGACUGCAACAGCGGCGGGGGCUGGAGGCGGAGCGCGCCCGCCUGGCCACCCAGCUGGACGCGCUGCGGGCCGAAGUGGCCCGCCUGGCUAGGGAACGCGACCUCUACAAGGCUCGCUGUGAACUGCUGGCCCCGAGCGGCCUGGGGCCAGAGGCCACGCCCACCUCUUCCUCUGAGCCCCUGGCCACCGAGUGGUGGAGUAGGUGGGCGGGCGGUGCACACCACCCCGGAGGCGCCUGCACCAUUCACUAGAUGGUUACUGAACGCCUUCUGGUGCCAGACAUUCCUUUGGAUGACCCACACAAGUAGCCCCUAACUUCCUGGACCCUCAAGGCAUGCUCUGAGGUUAGAUGCUGGUCGUUUCCUGGGAGAGGGGUCCCCUUCCCUCACGCAGGACGUGCACAGAAACCCUUCACUUUCUGCCCUACUCUAUAGGACCGGGUCACUGAAAUCUGCGGGGGUCAGUGCCAGCAUUGUGUAGGGGGCGGGCGGCAAGGAGGUGUGGAUGACGUACAGUGAAUGGGAGGUGAGGGAGUCCUGCUGCUCCCAGAUCAGUUUAGAUUUUAAUUCAAGGCUUUCAACCUGUAGUGCAGUAAGGUGGUAAUUAGCAAUGAGGCUAUGUUUUCAUUCCAGGGCUCGUAACCUCCCCAUUUUAGGACAACUGCAUUUUCAAGAUUUCAAUUCCCAUUAUCAAGACAGACCAGAAACUUGAUUCAAGAGGCUUUUGUCCUAGCUAAUCCCAUGGCCCCCAAGGUCUAGAGCAGCAAAGGCCAGAAGAGCUCCGGGGGUGGUAGGUGUGGUCUGGGAGAGGACCCUGAGCAAGAGUCUGAAAACCUGGGUGCUAGUCUCAGCUCUGCCACAGGAUACCUCUGGCACCUUGAGCAAAUCACUGGCUCCCUGGGUUUUGACGACCUCAUCUAAUGCUCACUUGAUUGGAUGACUUCUGACACCUUUCCAGUUCUGGCCUCUCCAUAGUGUGGAAGCCCUAGGGGUCUCCCUGAGAAUCCCUCAACUCAGCCUCAUUAAAGGGACUUCCUGCCCUGUUCCAGCUUCCUGACUGCAGCCUAGGCCCUGGAUGAGACCAUGCACUGGUUUUGGGUUGCUCCUUCCAUGCUGCCUUGGCCUCCAGACCUGCAUAGGUUGCCCCUGCUCCCUUCUGCCUCUCUGCGGGCUGAGGUGAGACUUUCCCCAGCCUGACAAGGAGCUGAGAGAAUGCAGCUUUUGUGAAUUAAACUUGAAGUCUAGGCACAACCGUAUGCUAUUGGCUAGAUGUUCUUGCAAUUUAAGAAGUGUUUAUUCUAUAUCCUUGCUCCAGGCCUAUGUAAGUGUGUGUGUGCAUAUGUGUGUGUGUGAGAGAGAGAGAAUGAGAGAGAGAGAUACAAAGUGUGGUGUGGGGGAAGAGAUUGGAUAGCCCCCACCUGGGCUGAGUGGAGGAUCACAGUUCUAAGGCCUAAUGGAAAUGGGGGUGGUGGGCGGGGAUUGGGCCAGAUGGAACCUUGCGCUCCCACCUCCA